AAACAUAGAGGUCAAAUGACCAUUUCAAGGUCAUUCAGCCAGGAAGUAUUUGAGCAAAGAUUCAAGAUUCUUUGCAGUAGGACAAGGAAAGCCAAGUAUUAUAAAAAGAAAUACAGUAUGUGGUAUGAUUACAUUGUAAGGGAGACAGGAUUAAUUUAGAAGAUGGCAAGGCAAAUGUCCAAAUUAAAGGGAGAACCUUAAUUUUCGACAAAAAAGUUUGCUCAUCAGUCCAAACCUGCUUUCAAAUCAAAUCAGGCAUCCUUCGGAAUGUAUUCAGAACCAAUUAGUGACAACACUGAAGACCAGAAAGGCAAGCUGAAGACACCCAGACUACGCCUGAAGGGCAAACCAGAAAUCCAGACAUCAUGUCAAUGGAAAUAAGACUGUUGAACCUUUCCCAGAGGGAACACAGAUGGCUCUGUUUGGAAUGGGGUGUUUUUGGGGAGCAGAACGUAAAUUUUGGGACUUGAAGGGAGUAUAUUCUACUCAAGUUGGCUAUGCUGGAGGCUACACUUCAAACCCAACUUAUAAAGAAGUCUGCUCAGAGAAAACUGGCCAUGUAGAAAUUGUCCGAGUUGUGUACCAGCCAGAAUACAUCAGUUUUGAGGAUCUGCUCAAGGUCUUCUGGGAGAAUCAUGACCCGACACAAGGAAUGCGUCAAGGUAAUGACUUUGGCACCCAGUACCGUUCUGCUAUCUUCCCAACCACUCCAGAACAGGCAGAAGCAGCUCUUAAGUCUAAAGAAGUUUACCAGAAGGUCCUUAAUGAAAGUGGCUAUGGAGACAUUACAACUGAUAUUCGAGAAGAUCAACGAUUCUAUUAUGCUGAAGAUUACCAUCAACAAUACUUAAGCAAGAACCCCAACGGAUACUGCGGGCUGGGAGGCACAGGAGUUUCCUGCCCCAUUGGAAUCACAAUGUAAUUCAUGCCCAUAUGAUGGCAUUCAGAUUGCAUUUGCUAUGGCAUGGAUAUUGGGUAAUUGACCAGAGGCAUUGCUUUCGACUUCUGACUCUUAAGGGUUUCCAAACAAAUGAAAUAUGUCAGUCUGAUAUGAGAUGAAGAUCUCACACUAAAUUUUGAUAAUGGCUGAAUUUAUGUGAUUAUUGGAACUAUACCUUCUGGUAUGGGAUACUAAUUAAGAUGAUUAAGCUUAAAAAGCGAGCAGUUUCUAGCUUUUGAGAAAAAGGGGGAGUGUAAGGGAUUUGUUUCUGGUGGGAAAAUCUUUACUACUGCCCUGGCCUAGGCAACAUGCAAUCUUCCUUUCCUGUGCCUUCAGAUUUAUAAUCAUUUGUAGCCAUGAUAACGUGUUUACAGAAAUAUUUCUCUGUACUGAAUACAAAUGGGUAGUUCCACUAGAAUAGAGCCAAUGGAACUUUUAGUGCCUGUUACAGGCUUCCUUAUGGCAAUAGAAAGAUCUAAAUUUGCUUUAUGGAUUAUGAUGCUUCGCUUGUAGCAAUGAGAAGGGUAUCAAAUGCAUAAUCUAAUAAACGUUUAUAGUCUGAUUAAAACCAA